GCGAACGUUUGCCACUGAGUAAUCGUAUACGCAAUCGCUCCUAAAAAAAUAACUUUUUUACUCCAUUGCUCAGCAUUUAUUUUCCCAAACGCUGAAGCAUUUUGAAAUUAGCCAAUAUGUUUCAAAUGGGAAGCUGGUUUGGUUAUGGAUCCGCGAAGCCAACAGGCACAGAAACGACGAAGGAGGGCGAGGCCGAUAAACCAGAGAAUUCUGAUAAGCGAGAAGAGGUCGCCGAAGGAGAGAAAUCAGAAUCGGUGACAGAAGAGCGCACGGGAAAUGCUGAAAAUGAGAAAGAUGCUUUCGGGAAAACAAUUGAAAACAUAGAUGCAAAUAUAGAGGUGGCAUUGAACAGUGCAAAGGAAUGGGGAUCAUACCUGUUCACGUAUGCAAAAGAGGGAUCUAAGAUCGUCACCGACACUGCAACAAAAACAGCUGGAUUUUUAAAGGAUACAGUGGAGGAGAAGACCAUUCUGGGUGAUUUCCACAAAGAACAAAAUAAGUUUGUUAAAGAAAAUGCUCAGAAGCGCUCUGAUGCUGCUGUACCACCAUGGGUUGGAUAUAACGAAGAAGAGCAGAUGAAGAAGCAGAUAAUGGCCCUGUCACAGGUGAAUUAUAUGCUACAGAUAAUGGCAUUAUCACAGAUGAAUUAUAUGCUACCAGAUAAUGGUAUUGUCACAGGUGAAUUAUAUGCUACCAGAUAA